CCUCCUCUCCCCCUUCGCCCCUCUCUUUGUCCUGUGUAUAUACGCGCUGUCACCUCCACGAAGCAACAUUCGCUACCAACUCUUCGGAGGCGCGUUGACUGCACGUCAGACGUGCUCGUGUUUUCGUACUCUUCGCCAACGCGUGCAAGACUUUGCCUGUUCUCUUGGUGCGAGCUGACGACGGAAAGCGACGCCGUUGGAGACUACUGCCCAGUUGACCAUUCACAGGUUAGUUUCACCUUGCGCAUUACGGCUUGCUGCGAAUAUGAAUGCUCUCAAAGGAGAAAAGUCAAGUGAAACUCAGCUGUAGCACCGAAAUGAUUUCAUUUGCUCAAGCAUGUUCUUUAUCUUAGAUUUGCCUUUUUGUUUCCCUAAACUGAUUAUCGUAUUCUGAGUGUUAGUGCCGAGAGGUUACCACAUCGCUACGCAGCGCUAAAUGGUCCUAAUAAUGUCGGCAACCUACACGGCUGUGCUUUUAUCGAAAUGGCCCAUAAAGUUCAAAUGUCUGCGCUUUUGAAUUCGUUAACACUAUUUUAGGCAUUUCUUAUUUAUACGUGAUUCUCAACAUUAAGUUAUGUUACCCUUUGCAGGACAGCGACGCCCGUGCUCGGCCAUGUCUUGCUGCGAAAGUGAACAGUCUUCCAGGCCUCUCCCAGCCUCGAAGACGGCCACGCUGAGGUCACCGGUGGCCAAACGGUGGCCUUAUACGCUGUCCUCGGAAGUGGGUCUCAUUGACACGCACUGCCACUUAGACUUCCUAUUUCGCAAAACAGGACACCAAGGAUCCUACGCCCAGUUCCGCAUAAGACACCAGGCCACAUUCCCAUCCUGCUACGAGGGAUGCGUGGCCAUCUUCUGUGACCCAGCCACAUUCAAAAAGCGUCACCUGUGGCAGGGACUGCUGUCCGAACAAGGCGUUUGGGGAGCCUUUGGAUGCCACCCGCACAUGGCCCGGCAUUACGACGAGGACGUCGAAGAGGACCUGAUCGCGGCCCUUGAGCAACGAAGCGUCGUCGCCCUGGGGGAAAUUGGCCUCGACUACUCCGCCAAGAACAAAUGUGACCGUAUGAUGCAACAACGAGUGUUUCGGCGGCAGUUGCAGCUGGCAAGGAAUGGUCGCCUUCCCCUCGUCAUUCACUCGAGGGAUUCCUCACACGACACUCUGCGCAUCCUCAAGGAGAUGGUGCCCGGAGACUGGCCAAUACACCGGCACUGCUUCACCGGGGACUGGUCCGAGGCGCAGCUGUGGAUGGACACGUUCCCCAACCUGUACCUCGGGCUCACUCCACUCGUGGGAUUUCCCAACGCCGGUCCUGUAGCUGAGGUCGGCCGCAGGAUUCCACUGGAGCGCCUGCUGCUGGAGACGGACGCGCCGUACUUCCUCCCGAAAAGCGAAUCCGGCUGUCUCGCGCAGUCGCAUCCAGGCAUGGCUAUCCACGUGGCCACCUGGCUGUCCAACGUGCGCAAGAUCAACGUGCAAGACAUCCUAGAGGCAGUGCGAGAAAACACGCGAGAGAUUUACAGAAUUUGAUGUGACAGCAAAUCCGCAAGUUUUUCCUUGUAUUUCAUGGUCAAAUAAUACAGUGAACAGCACCCACAGAUACUGCUAGGAUAUAUCACCGCGUUUUUCAUUUAAUUGGAAACCCACGUGGAAGUUACUGCGAUGUAUUUUUCUUUUCAUUUUGUGAAGAUGCCCCAGUGUGCAUUUUAUGGCUAGAAUCGACGCUGCAGUCGAAUAAAUUCGAGCCACGUUGGGUUCUUUAACGUACACCUAAAUCUAAGAACAAAAGGGUUCUUGUCUUCCGGCCCCGUGUGAAUGCGGCCGGAGAAUCGAGACUGCGAAUUCGCUAUGUGUUGAUGUUUGUUUAUAUUUGUGUGCAUGUUUUGUAGGCAGAACGCUGUUUAAAUUACAAGUGCAGUCGUGGCAGCGCUGAUGCAUACCGACGACUAAAGGUGUAACACUUAAACGCAGUAAUCUGUAGACGUGCAAGUGUUGAAUUUUAACCGGUGAAUGUUCAAGUGCACCUUUCGCUGCGCUGGUGUAGACCUCCGAGUAAACUGUAAUGUUUCUAGGCAGUGUUCUUUAUAUGUGCAAGUGUUGUAUGCAGCGCUGAUGAAAACCGACCACUGAAAAUGUAAAUUUUCUAGGCAGUAUUCUGUAAGUGUGCGAUUGUGUUCUACGUAUGUACACCUGUGAAUGUUCGAGCACAUAUUUGGCUGUGCUAGCUCAUACGCGCGAGUAAGAGUGUAAAAGUUUCAGGUUGUUUUCUAUAGAGAGAGAGGAAAUGCAGGGAGAUGAACCAGA